CCGCCGCCGCCCGCGCCUCCGAAGAGCCGCCGGCCCCGCCGCCCGAUGGCGAGGCUGCGGGACUGCCUGCCCCGCCUGCUGGUCACGGUCCGGUCCCUGCUCUUCUGGUGCCUGGUCUACUGCUACUGCGGGCUCUGCGCCUCCAUCUACCUGCUCAAACUUUUGUGGAGCAUCGGCAAGGGACCGGCGCAGACCUUCCGGCGGGUCGCCCGGGAACACCCUCCCGCGUGCCUGAGCGACGCCUCGUUGGGUACCCACUGCUACGUGCGGAUCAAGGAUUCAGGCUUAAGAUUUCAUUAUGUUGCUGCUGGAGAAAGAGGCAAGCCACUAAUGCUGCUGCUUCAUGGAUUUCCAGAAUUCUGGUAUUCUUGGCGGCACCAACUAAGGGAAUUUAAAAGCGAAUAUCGAGUUGUCGCACUGGAUUUGAGAGGCUAUGGAGAAACAGAUGCUCCCAUUCAUCGAGAGAAUUAUAAAUUGGACUGUCUAAUUACAGAUAUAAAGGAUAUUUUAGACUCUUUAGGGUAUAGCAAAUGUGUUCUUAUUGGCCAUGACUGGGGGGGCAUGAUUGCUUGGCUAAUUGCCAUCUGUUAUCCGGAAAUGGUGAUGAAGCUUAUUGUUAUUAACUUCCCUCAUCCAAAUGUAUUUACAGAAUAUAUUUUACGACACCCUGCCCAGCUGUUCAAAUCCAGCUAUUAUUACUUCUUCCAAAUACCAUGGUUCCCAGAAUUUAUGUUCUCAAUAAAUGAUUUCAAGGCUUUGAAACAUCUGUUUACCAGUCACAGUACUGGCAUUGGAAGGAAAGGAUGUCGAUUAACAAGAGAAGAUCUUGAAGCUUAUAUUUAUGUCUUUUCCCAGCCCGGAGCAUUAAGUGGUCCAAUUAACCAUUAUCGAAAUAUCUUCAGCUGCCUGCCUCUUAGACAUCACAUGGUGACCAUUCCAACACUACUACUGUGGGGAGAGAAAGACGCAUUUAUGGAAGUUGAGAUGGCUGAAGUCACAAAGAUUUAUGUUAAAAACUAUUUCAGGCUAACUAUUUUGUCAGAAGCCAGUCAUUGGCUUCAGCAAGAACAACCUGACAUAGUGAAUAAAUUGAUAUGGACAUUUCUAAAAGAAGAAACAAGAAAAAAAGAUUGACUUUUCUAUGUCUUCUAUGAGGGGUCUGUAAUGAAAUCUCUAAAUAAUUUUUAAAAAUUUGUUCACCAACUUCUUUAAGCUUCAUUAGGAAAAAACUGUUUUAAUAUGCUUUAUCAUAAAUAAAUACCCUGGCAAAUGGUAUUGAAAAAAAUCUGAGAAUAUGUGAACUUGUAACACACUGUUGAUUUUCUUUUGUUGUAAUUUGGACAGAAAAGCAUCUGCCUUAAAAUGUAUACACUUGUACAAAAAGGAAGUUGGAGAAAGUGGCUCAGUUUUGGUUUCUUGUGUUCUUUAUCCUGUUAAUAUAUAGUGCCUUUUACAAAUGUAUAUUAAAGGUUAGUUGUGCUAUAUUAAAAGGCAAACCUGCAAUGGUAUAAAUUUUCAUUUUAUAGUUCAAUAGUUCUUUUGACUACUUUUUAACCAUUAAAAAUUCUAUUAUCAAACCUUUGGAUUUAUAGUAUAUUUAUUAGUUUGAAGGCAAAUAUGAUUAAUGAAUAUACGUUCUUAAAAUAGGCCAUAACUACCACUUAUAUGGGGAAGAUUAACCAGAGAUGAUGUGGAGAUUCUCAUAUAUAAUAUGUAUAUAUAUGUGUAUAUAUAUUAAACAUUGAAAAACAGGGGAGCACAUCCGUUAAAUUACUUGCCUCAAUUCUCCAGCUAAAUUGGUGAGAGAUUGAGAAAAAGGAUAAAAUGUCCUUUUGCCCCAUUCAAUGAAGCAGGAAUUGAAUACUGUACUUCCUGUGUGCACUAGAACCUAAGCUCCACAGGGCAGAGAUUUUUUAUUGUUUUAUUAACUGAUAUGUAUCCAGCAUCUAGAAUAAGGGCCUGGCUCAUUGUAGAAAUUCAAAAGUUUGCUUAAUGAAUAAUUAACAUAUUUGACACACUGCUAGGCACUGUGGUGGAAAUAUAAAAGAAAGAUGACAUGGUAAUAUGGAAUUUUCCCUUAAGAAGCAUAUACAGAAUGCAGUUAAACGAGAGUUCAAGAGCGGUAAUGAACAUCACAAAUAAGAGUGGGAAGAGCUACAAAAUAGAGAAAGAUACCAGCUCAAGGGACUACUACUCAUUCUCUUGGGUUGCUCUCCUUUGGCAUGGGAGGCAACUAGUAACAUUGCCAAGUCACAGCCCCUUAGAGACAAUAACUGUGUUCCCAAAUAAGACUAAGUUGGUGAAAGGAAUGUUUCCCUCACUAAGCAUAGUUCUGAUAGCGACAGAAGAAAGUAGAAUGUCCCUAAGAAUUCUCAUCAUUGUAUCUUAGCAACUUGUAUUUACUAAUAAAAGCCCAAUUUCCAAAUAUAUUAGACUUGUGCCUCAUACGAACAUUGCAAGGGUUCCUGGUUAAAGUGAAAGGGAAAAAGGCAACCCGAGACGAGGCCCCCAUCUUCGUGACAGCGCCGCACUCUACUUUCUUUGACGCUAUCGCCUGUGUGGUGGCAGGGUUACCCUCAGUGGUCUCCGCAAGUCAA